AGAAAAACCAUUGCCGUAGGCCCAAAACGUAGCCUGCAGCAUUUCUCAAGCCCGAAAGCUCAACUAGCCGAGACAGACGCGCACCGAAAAGUCGAAGCAUUUCGGUGCGGAACACUACGGCCCUGCGAGCAAUGCGGCCACAACAGCCACAGCAUCAGCAACAACAUCAGCUGGAGGCGGCGGCAAAUCCGAAUCCGGAUCCUGCGCAGUCGGGGGAGGCGCCGCCAAAGCAGGUGGCUCUGGCCAUGGACAGGCUAGGCGACGCGGCGCGCCUCAUUGCCGACAUCAGGCUUGGCGCCGACCGCCUCCUCGAAGCCCUCUUCGUCGCCGCCCAGCCGCACCAGAGCACCAAGCCCCUCCACCUGUUCCACAAAGAGGACGCUUCCAUGCGCCAGCACCUCCAAGACCUCCGCUCUGUCGGAAGGCAGCUAGAGGAGUCUGGGGUUCUGAAUGAAUCGCUUCGGUCGCGAAGCAAUUCGUGGGGGCUGCACAUGCCGUUGGUCUGUCCGGAUGGCGCUGUGGUUGCAUACGCUUGGAAGCGCCAGCUUGCCGGCCAGGCCGGUGCGUCCGCGGUCGAUAGGACAAGGUUGGCUCUCAAGGCCUUCACUGAUCAGAAAAGAAGAUUUUUUCCUCACCUUGAUGAUGGAUUAGAUGGUCAAAGUACUGAAUCAGCUUCAAAGAAACAUUGUGGUCCUCAAGUACUGAUAGGAAAUCAUCAAGAAGAGCUUAGUGAUUAUAAGACACUAUCAGAUAUUCUAAUGCAUCUGGAAAAAGAAGUGCCAACUUUAAAAAUUUUCACUUACGAACGAUUGGACUGGUUGAAAAGAGCAUCUUCACUGCCCUCUUCAGCAAAUGAGACUUCCAUGGGGACAUCUAAAGAGCAUAAUUUUCACAGUUCAAAUAAACUAAGACCGGGAUCUCUGAGUGCUGUUGCUACAGAGAAAAUUUCUGUAAUUGAGUUGCUCUUUCCCUCCAUCUUCAGAGCUAUCGUAUCACUGCAUCCAGCUGGUUCUAUUGACCCUGACUCAGUUGCUUUCUUUUCUCCAGAUGAGGGAGGCAGCUACAUACAUUCUAGAGGGUUUUCAGUGUAUCAUGUAUUUAGACGCAUCACGGAGCAUGCUGCUAUGGCUCUGCAGUAUUUUCUUGGAAGUCGAGCUGAAACAGCUCUACAUUCUCUUCUGGACUGGAUCUGUAGCUAUCAAACUUUAUUUACGAAAGUUUGCAGCAAGUGUGGACGGCUUCUAUUGAUGGACAGAAAAUCCGCUUUGCUGUUACCUCCUGUUUAUCGUCCUUACCGGCAGUUUUCUGCAUUGAAAUUUUCAUCCACCCAACCCAAUUCCUCAGCGAGUUCCGAUCUAGCCCAGGCUUAUCAUGUUGGUUGCUUUUCAGAGGAAGCGUAGUCGCAUAUACUGAGAGAAACGUCAGCUGUGCCACCGAAAGUUGCCAAUGGGCUGCUGCAUAUAGAUCUUGUUUCUAGACAGCUGUGCCGGAUGUGAAUGUUAAAGUCCAUGACACUUUCAGAUGUAUUAUAAUCCCCAACUGCUAUUUGAAUGUUGCAAUUUUCAUCGCAUUCUUUUGUUUUUCUAAACUGUGGUUCAAGUUUUGUUUAAUCUAGUAAGAGAAUGACAAAAUCCAGUAGAUUGUAAAGUGUAAUAUUUUUUUUUUAGGGUGGAAUAGAUGUAGGUGUUUACAUGCUAUCCUCGCAUAAUAGAUUUAAUAGCAACAACUGUAUGUAGCAUAGGCAACCACUGAUGCGACAAUGAAUUUGUUAUCAGUUUUCAUUGAA